GCUGAGUGGGGCCCGAGUCGAGUCCCGAGCCCCCAAAAUUGUCCCCACACCCCAGCCAAUCCGAUCCGAUCCGAUCCGAUGCGAUGCCAUCCCAAGAUCGCUGUUCUCUCGCCAGGUCGCCCGAUGAGUCUUCAUUCGCUGGCCCAGUUGGUUGUCGUGCUGUUCUGUCCGCUGUAGCAGCGCUUUUUGUCGUCUAUUUUAUUUUCGUAGUGUCGUCGCGUAUAUUUAGUAAAUAUUUUGUUGUUGUUAUUUAUAGUUCGGACUUGGUUGGCGUGGUGCGUGUUGUACUCUUGUUAUUUUUUGGGUGGCAUAUUUUUUGUUUGAUUCAAAUGGCAGCCAAAGAUCGCCUGCCCAUAUUCCCAUCGCGCGGUGCCCAAACGCUGAUGAAGUCGCGUUUGGCGGGCGCCACCAAGGGGCAUGGCCUGCUGAAGAAGAAGGCAGACGCCCUGCAGAUGCGCUUCCGUCUGAUUCUGGGCAAGAUCAUCGAGACCAAAACCCUCAUGGGUCAGGUGAUGAAGGAGGCCGCCUUCUCCUUGGCCGAGGUCAAGUUCACCACCGGCGACAUCAACCAGAUUGUGCUGCAGAACGUGACCAAGGCCCAGAUCAAGAUACGCACCAAGAAGGACAAUGUGGCCGGGGUUACGCUGCCCGUAUUCGAACCGUACACGGAUGGCGUGGAUACCUAUGAGUUGGCCGGCCUGGCCCGUGGUGGCCAGCAGUUGGCCAAGCUCAAGAAGAACUACCAGAGCGCCGUCCGUCUGCUCGUCGAAUUGGCCUCAUUGCAGACCUCCUUUGUGACCCUCGACGAUGUCAUCAAGGUCACCAAUCGGCGGGUCAACGCCAUCGAGCAUGUGAUCAUACCCCGCAUCAAUCGCACCAUUGAGUACAUCAUCAGCGAGCUGGACGAGUUGGAGCGCGAGGAGUUCUAUCGACUGAAGAAGAUUCAGGACAAGAAGCGCGAGGCUCGCAAGGCAUCCGAUAAGAUUCGGGAGGAGCAGCGUCGCCUGGGCCAAGUGGCCGAAACGAAGGAGGUGCAGAAUAUCCUCGACGAGGACGGCGACGAGGAUCUGCUCUUCUAGACGCCACUCCCACUCCCAAUCCCACUGUACCCACUGCAUCCACCUAAUACCAAUCACCGCCCAUCACUCAACUUUGCUACCUCACUUCCCUCGAAAAGAUCACCUCUCGUUAUUGUUGUCGUUCGUUGUGAUCCGGAUGUUGUACCACUUGUCGUUCUUGGAAAUACAAUCCGUAAUCGUAACCUUUG